AUGACGACCUCGGCGCUGCGCCGGCAGGUGAAGAACAUCGUGCACAACUACUCGGAGGCAGAGAUCAAAGUGCGGGAGGCCACCUCCAAUGAUCCCUGGGGACCCCCCAGCUCCCUGAUGUCGGAGAUAGCUGACCUGACCUUCAACACGGUGGCCUUCGCUGAGGUCAUGGGCAUGAUCUGGCGGCGGCUGAACGACAGCGGCAAGAACUGGCGUCACGUCUACAAAGCCCUCACCCUCCUGGACUACCUCAUCAAAACCGGCUCUGAGAAGGUGACCCACCAGUGCCGGGAGAACCUCUACACCAUCCAGACUCUGAAGGACUUCCAGUACGUGGACCGUGACGGCAAGGACCAGGGCAUCAACAUCCGAGAGAAGGUGAAGCAGGUGAUGGCGCUGCUGAAGGACGAGGAGCGGCUGAAGCAGGAGCGGGCGCACGCGCUGCAGACCAAGGAGCGCAUGGCCCUGGAGGGCAUGGGCAGUGGUAGCCACCAGGUCACCUAUGGCCGCCGUGCGUCACCCUAUGGUGAAGAUUACGGCCGGGCACGGGGCUCACCCUCCUCCUUUAACUCAUCAUCCUCAUCCCCACGGUUUGCCUCUGACCUGGAGCAAGCAAGGCCCCAGACAACGGGUGAGGAGGAGCUGCAGCUGCAGCUUGCACUGGCCAUGAGUCGGGAGGAGGCAGAGAAGAAGCCACUUCCUCCAAUUUCCAGUAGAGACGAAGAAAGGCAAUUGCAGCUCGCGCUCGCGCUGAGCAAAGAGGAGCACGAGAAGGAGGUGAGGACUUGGCAAGGAGAGAACUCCCUGCUGCAGAGAGCUGUGGAGGAGAGUGCCCAGGGUGGGGAGGAAGAGGAGGAAGAAGAAAAGAUGAAGAAAAGCCAGUCCUCUAUCCUGGAACUGGCAGAUAUAUUUGGGCCAGCCCCAGCCCCGUCCAGCCACACGUCUGCUGACCCAUGGGAUAUGCCAGAUAUGAAGCCCAAAGCAGAGCCAGCAGCCUCUGCCUGGGCUGGGGCAGCUGACCCCUGGGUGCCGGUCCCUGAUGCCGGUGGGGAGCCACUCUCCCAGGCAAGCACCUCUUCCCAGCAAAACUCCGCUGGGCCGUGGGAUUUUCCCCCUGGCACCACCACUGCUGCUGCCUCUGACCCUUGGGGGAAGGCGCCCUUGUCUUCUGGCUUCCCUCCUGCAGACCCCUGGGCAACAGCAUCCCCUCCAGCCCAGCCCUCUAGUUCUACACCAGCUGCUGAUCCUUGGGCUGCUGUGGCAGAACAACCUCCCAACCCUGCUCCAGGGGGAGACGCUUUCGACCCGUUUGCAAAACCACCUGGGUCAGCCGAGCCGCCGGAGCAGGAGCCCUCGCAGCCACCCUCCUCUGCCAAGUCCAACAGCCCCGUUGAGAUGGACCCCUUUAGUGACCUGUUCCCCAGCACCAAGCAGGAGGGGGCAAAGAACUUUGACCUCAGCAACCUGGCUGACUCCCUCCCUGAAUCCGGCAAGGAGCGGAAGGACUGUAAAACCCCUGAGGCCUUCCUCGGCCCUGCUGCCUCUUCCCUGGUCAACCUGGACUCCCUGGUCGCACCUGCACCAGCCUCCAAGACACGCAAUCCCUUUCUCUCGGGUCUGAGCACGCCGUCCCCCACCAACCCUUUCAGCCUCGCUGAGCAGCCCAAGCCAACGAGGAGCCACCCUGCCUGCACCCUGACCCCCCCACACCUGCUCGUGCACUCACGGGAGGGGAUUUUCAUCUCUGAGGACACAAAGAUCCUGCAGGUGCUGCUCUCUUACCCAUGGCUGUCGGGUGACUGUCACCCUAAAACUUUCCUAAAGGAUGUGGGUGGAGGGGGAGGGAGCCCUGGGGAUGCCAAGCUGGAGGGGAGCAGCCUCACCUGA